UUCUGAACAAAUUCAGGUCAAAAAAACAAUAUUUUUAAUUGUGGGUGAUUUCUCGUUUAAACAGAUAUAAUGUAACAAUGCCUGAGAAAGCCUUGUUACCAGUAGCUAAGAGUAAUAGUUUAUUAAUUAGACUCUGAAAUUGAGUUGAAAAACCUGAAUGUUUUUUUCUACAUUACAAAAAAGACUUUGAAUCCUGAUAACAUUUUUAACUGCCCUAACAGCAGUGAUAAUUGUUGUUAGCUUAACUCCAACAUGUUAGCUCUUUUCUGAUUAUUCUUAAUUUGACGCUGAUUAUUAUACACCUAGAUACAGAUUUGCUUUUAACUUAACUAAUUUCUUAUUUGUUUAACUCUAAUUAGCUGUUACCUUGGUUUAGAUUUGCUACUAGUUUGACUCUGAUUAGUUGUUAAUGUGACCCUGUUUAGUUUGAGUUUAAAGAUCUAUUAGAUUGAGUUUUAUUAGUUUUUACUUUGACUCCAAAUAUAGUAGUUGCUAACUCCACCGCGGUUAACUUUUUGCUGGAUUCACAUUAGCUAUUGACUUGAAUCUGAUCCCAUUUAGCUUUUAGCUGAUGCAGAAUCCUUGUUCCUUUGAAACUGAAGUUAUGGGACCACAAUGGUGGGUCAUAUGACUGGCACCAAUUUUUAUUGUAAGGUACUUUUGCAAUAACAAGCUUUGAGAGAGAGCAUAGUUUUCAGCUAGAGGUAGAACAGCCAUAUGCUUUGGGUUCGCAUUGUUCUUCAUGAAAGUAAUGGAAAUAUAUUGCGUUUUGACACUGUCGUUUGCCCUUUAUUUUAGUUAAGAAAACAUAUAAUCAAACAGACAAACACCUUUAAAACAGGUCUUACAAAAUAAAAAUAUUUUAGCUUGUGCUCAUUAUUUUACAUGAAUAACCAUACAAAAUGGAGUGAUUAAAAAUAACCUAAGACCCACUUACCAAACUGUGAAUUAUGGACAGCUGGAGAAAAACAAGCAUCCUAAAUGCAUGUCGCCAUGGUAAAGUUUUUAAGAUGAACCUGGUUGGCUGAGGUCAGUCUCAAAGUAUUACUGUGUUUGAUAACAGCAGUAAUCCUUUGAGACUGACCUUUAAUCCAUAAAAUGGACUUUGAUUGACAAGCUCUGGGUCUCUGCAUGUAAAAACUGAGUUGAGUGUUUAACACAAUGCUAGAUCGUCGACUACAGGCAGCUCAAGUCAAACGUCUGGAAUUGGAUUUAAUAACAAUCAGAAAAUGUCCAACUCUGUCUCUGUAAUCCUGGCAGUCCUCUGCUUCCUGUUGCUCAGACCCUCUUACUGUGGAGGCAGCAAGAUCCUGGUGGUGCCUGUUGAUGGCAGCCACUGGAUCAAUAUGAAGAUAAUCCUUGAAGAGCUUCACUCCAGGGGCCAUGAAAUUACCGUUCUAAGAUCUGCCAAGAGCUGGUACAUCCCCAGUAACUCCUCCAUUUACACCUCCAUUAAUAUCCCAAUGUUGGAGGAUGAGGCAGACAGAAGCUUUUACAAUAAAAUGCUGAAGGAUGUCAUGAUUUGCCGCAGCUAUCCCAGGUUUAUAAGCACAUUUUGCCAACAGCACUUGAUUACGUCAAUGUUAGGGAAGGGCCAUGAGAUUCUGGCCAGAUCUGCUAACAUAAUAUUAGACGACAACGUUUUAAUGAAGAUCUUACGGGAUUCAAAGUUUGAUCUCAUGUUGACAGACCCAGCCCUUACCUUAGGGGUGAUUCUGGGUAGUUACCUCAAGCUGCCAAUGGUCUUUAAUGUCCGCUGGAUUAAUACAGGGGAAGGUCAUCUAACUAUCGCUCCAUCACCUGUCUCCUAUGUUCCUAUAUCUGGAAGUGAACUUCACCAUCAAAUGGAUUUUCAAGAGAGGACAAAGAAUAUGUUGCAUUAUCUAUACAGUGUUUAUGAACAGUACUUCAUCAUUAAUCCAGCCUACACUGAUCUCUUCCAGAAAUACUUCCCUCCUGGAACUGACUUGGUGUCUUUGGAGCUCUCAGCUGAUAUUUGGCUUUUCAGAGCAGAUUUUAUCUUUGAGUUCCCUCGACCCACCAUGCCCAAUAUGGUUUACGUAGGGGGGUUCCAGUGCAAGGAGGCCCAACCUCUGCCUGAUGAGUUGGAGGCAUUCAUGCAGAGCUCUGGGGAACAUGGGGUGGUGGUCAUGUCUGUAGGGACAAUUGUGUCAGCUCUGCCUCAUGGGAUCACAGAAGCCAUUGCUGCUGCUUUUGCUGAGCUCCCUCAGAAAGUGAUUUGGCGACUUGAGAGUGAAAAACCUUCAACUUUGGGAAAAAACACCAAGCUGGUGAAAUGGCUUCCCCAGAAUGAUCUCCUGGGACAUCCUAAGACCAAAGUCUUUAUAGCCCAUGGAGGAACCAAUGGCAUGUAUGAGGCCAUCUACCAUGGUGUUCCUGUUCUGGGUUUGCCCCUCCUAUUUGAUCAGUUUGACAACUUACUCCGACUGAAAGUUCGUGGAGCAGCUAGGGUGGUGGAGGUCCGAUCACUGACCAAAGACAAUUUCCUGGAGGCUCUAAAGGACAUCCUGGAGAAUCCGUCUUACCGUGAAAACAGCCAACGUCUCUCUCAGCUACACCGUGACCGACCAAUGUCUCCAAUGGACACAGCCAUCUUCUGGAUAGAGUACGUCAUCAGGAACAAAGGAGCCGCCCACCUGCAGUCCGCAGGUUUCGGCCUGCCUUGGUAUUCCUACUUCUGCCUGGAUGUAGCAGUCUUUCUUUUAGCCCUAACUGGAACCUCCAUCUGGGGUUUCAUCUUUGUCUGUAGGUUACUCUGCUGCAAAAGGUCCAGCAAGAAGAUCAAACCAGAGUAAUUAGUCAAAAAAAUUACUUUGUUUUAAUAAAUAUACAAUGUUACUACAGGGUUCUGCAUUUAGCUGAGCAAAAGAUAACAACAUACGAAUAUUUCUGCCUCAUAUUCAAUGUUCUGUUAAGACUGUAAAACUCUUAAUUAACUUCUAAACUCCAUUAAAAUGUUACUUCUGGACAUACUGAAGAUUUACUUUUACCUAAAUACUCUGGCAUUGCUCUGACUAGUUGAGUGCUUUUCUCUGCAACUUGUAUGACAUUUUCUGUACACAACUGAUUAAAGAUGUUGAAUUUAA